AUGGAGACUCCGCCCCCAGAGGCCCCGCCCCCUCGAAGGCCUCGCCCCGUCCGUUGCGCGGCCGGCAGGAGGCGCCUCGAGCCGGGAGCCAGCUCGGCUAACGGCGGGCGUGGGAUCCGCGCGCGGGGGACGCAGCUGACGGGCUGCGCUGAGGUGAGUGCGGGGCGCGAGAAGGAAGGUCAGCAGAGGCCGAGGAUGGCCCAGGAGGUGCCGCUGAGCCACUGCGGGGACCCGCGGAGGGCGCAGAGACCGCGGGCUGAAACACGGGUGGCGGGGCACGCGCUGGGGCGGGGCCGCGCUGGUCACGGUCCCCGCGGCGAGUCCGGGCGCGAUAGAGGCAGGCUUGCUCGGUUGCCAUGGAAACCGGCGAGCGCACGGGGCCUGGAGCGGCCCGGGGGAGCUGCACCUGAAGGCCGGGUGGGCGCGGGUUGCGUGGCCCCGUGGAUUUCCAGGGGCGAUCCGGGUUCCGUCACUUGUGGCAGAGGGACCUUUCCAGGCCUCAGUUUACCUGGUAGUGCCUUGGAGGUGCAAUCUAACCUGGAACAUCUCGAAAGAGCUCAAGGCGGGAGUCCCGCACUCUCCCACCAGGAUGGUGGUGACACCCCCGCCUACACCCGUCCCGCAUCGUGUCUCCUCCCCACCCGUGUGCCCGCGAGAGGCAUUGUUUCUCUAGCUAUUUCUGUAUCAUUUCCAGCCAGUCCCCCGACAAGUGCCGCGCCUGAGACAGAUGCUGAGCUGGAGCUCCGAGGCACUCAAAGGGAUCUGGCUUCUGUCCCUGGGGAGCCCUGGGAUGGGGGCCUGACAGGCUGCAGACCUGCCCGGCCCAGCCUCUGUCGCCUGUCGAGUGUUUGGUUAAUCUGA